AUGUCUGAAAUGAGAUAUGUCCGAGUCGGCAAGUCCGGUCUCAAAGUCUCACAGAUCAUCCUAGGAUGCAUGAGUUUCGGCGACAAAAACUGGCAACCCUGGCUUCUCAACAAAGAUGAAGCUCUCCCCAUCCUCAAGUAUGCCUUCGACAAGGGCAUCAAUACCUGGGAUGUAGCCGAUACAUACUCGAAUAGAGAGUCAGAGAGGAUCCUCGGCGAGAUUAUCAAGCACUAUAAUGUUCCCCGCUUCAAGUUGGUCAUUUCUAAGUGCUUCCAGUUUGUCGAUGAGGACAAGGGCCCUAUAGAUCCCGCAACUCUCACCAGUAACGAUAGUCCUCGCUUCAACAGAAUUGGCCUCUUUCGAAAGUGUAUCCUUGACGCGAUCCACAGGAUGGAUCGUGAUGUUGCUCCGGAGGAGAUUAAGAAAGCACCCAAUGAUGUAGUCGAAAGUGGAAAGGUUCGCUACAUUGGUGCCAGCUCGAACAGAUGCUCGAGAGCAGAAGUAUCCCUUCCUAAGCUUUUAUUCCGCGGCGAGGACCAAAAUACCGAUCGAGCCCUCGUUGACCGUGUUGAGGAGUUCGCUCAGAGGAAGGGUGUUGAUAUGGCUCAGAUCGCGGAAUCUUGGCUGAUUGCAAAGGGAUGCAUGCCUAUCUGCGGUUUGGAGAGUGAAGAAAGAAUUGAUCAAGCAGUGGGAGUACUUCAGGUUAAACUGAGCGAUGAGAUGAAGUAUCUCGAAGACCUUUAUGUUCCCAAGGUGUCAUUCCCUUUCUGA